AUGGCUCCAGACGCUCUCGCAGGCCAGAAGAGGAAGCGCGUGGCGGCAAAGGCCGCGCCCGAGAAAAAGUCCAAGUCCAAAAGCAAAACGAAGCCCGACAGCGGCGACGACGAGCAGGCACGCAUUCUGCUGCUGGAGAGCCAGAUCCUCGAGUCCCGGCGGCACUACAACAAUAUCGCAGCCCUCAUUACCAUUGUCAAGGAGGAUGAGGCAGCCGAGUCCCAGAUUCUCGCCACCGUGGCACUAUGCAGGGUGUUUAGCAGGCUCAGGGCUGCUGGCAGCAUGAACAAGAGCAAGGGCACACCGGAGCCGGAGGUUAUUAUCAUACAAUGGUUGAAGGAGAGAUAUCAGGAGUAUGCAGACGUGCUUUUGCGCCUGCUACAAAGCGACGACCCGGUCAAGCAGAGCACUGCCUUGACCCUGGCCAUGCGCCUGGUGAAGGAGGAGGUCACAAACCAGAAAGUGCAGAGCGAUCAGGCAUGGAAACAGGGCCUGUUCUUCAAGCUCGUGGCUGCCCUGCUGACCUCGACGGAAGCUGAAGGAUUGCGGGAGGAGUUUGUGGAGAACUUCGUCGAAGAGUACGACGAUGUCAGGUUCUAUGGUUUCCAAGCCAUUGCUGCUUGCUUGAAAGACACUGUUUCCCCCGCGGAGCAGGAGAUAGUCGUAGCCAACAGUCUCACAAUGCUCUCGGCGAUUGAAGGUGUACCCGAAUCCAAAGACGAGCUGGAGGACUGGUAUGGUCAAGCCCCGGAACAUCCAAAGCACCCAUUAUACUCUGUUUCAACACAUAAAAGACAGGGGCAGGAUGCUUGGUUGGCAUUGCUGCGAUCUGGGCUUAACAAGGAGCAGCGCAAGGAAGUGCUGAGCAUCAUGACGCAGAAAGUCACUCCAUGGUUCUCCAAGGUUGAGAUGCUGAUGGACUUCCUGACCGAUUCGUACAAUGUUGGCGGUGCGAGCUCUCUGCUGGCUUUGUCAGGGCUCUUCUUCCUAAUCCGGGAGAAAAACCUCGACUACCCUUCUUUCUACCAGAAGCUGUACUCUCUUCUUGACGCCGGCCUGUUGCAUUCGAAACACAGGUCGCGAUUCUUCCGUCUGUUGGAUGAGUUCAUGUCCUCCACUCAUUUGCCUGCCGCGCUCGUGGCGAGCUUCAUCAAGCGUCUGUCAAGACUAGCACUGCACGGCCCGCCGGCCGGCAUCGUUGUGGUCGUGCCGUGGGUGUACAACAUGCUCAUGAAGCACCCGGCCUGCACUUUUAUGAUACACCGGGUAACCCGCGACAGGGCGCUGAAGGAGAAGAUUGAGGAGGAGGGCAUGGAUGACCCGUUCAACAUGGACGAGGAAGAUCCCAUGGAGACGGACGCCAUUGAGAGCUGUCUCUGGGAGAUUGAGACACUGCAGUCGCACUACCACCCCAACGUCGCGACGCUGGCCAAGAUUAUCUCGGAGCAGUUCACCAAGCGCUCGUACAACCUCGAGGACUUCCUAGACCACUCGUACAAUGGGCUGAUUGAGGCCGAGCUCCACAAGGAGCUGAAGAAGACGCCCGUCGUCGAGUUUGAGAUCCCCAAGCGCAUCUUCACAGCGGAGGAGGGGAAGGAGGGCCAGGGCUCGGCGCCGGCGCCGGCGCUCAAUCCGCUCGGCAGCCUGUUGACCAAGGUGCUGGAGACGUGCUAG